AUGUCUGCCCAAGCUAAGAUCCUAUCCCAAGCCCCAACUGAAUUAGAACUACAAGUUGCUCAAGCUUUCAUUGAACUAGAAAGCAGCUCCGCUGAAAUGAAGGCUGAUCUAAGACCUCUACAAUUCAAGUCCAUCAGAGAAAUGCUCAUUAUUUCAAUUUCAUUAUUUAUCCUACAGAUCGAAGUCACCGGUGGUAAGAAAGCUCUAGUUAUCUUUGUCCCAGUUCCUUCCCUAGCUGGUUUCCACAAGGUUCAAACCAAGUUAACCAGAGAACUAGAAAAGAAGUUUGCUGACAGACACGUUAUCUUCCUAGCUGAAAGAAGAAUUCUUCCAAAGCCAGCCAGAGGUGUCAAGAACGCUCAAAAGAGACCAAGAUCUAGAACUUUGACCGCCGUCCAUGAAAAGAUCCUAGAUGACAUGGUUUACCCAACCGAAAUCGUCGGUAAGAGAGUUAGAUAUUUAGUUGGUGGUAACAAGAUCCAAAAGAUCCUAUUGGACUCUAAGGAUGUUCAACAAAUUGACUACAAACUGGAAUCUUUCCAAGCUGUCUACUCCAAGCUUACUGGUAAGCAAAUUGUUUUCGAAAUCCCAUCCGAAACUCAUUAA